AAUAAAUGCUUUUUCUCAGUUGCCGGGAUGUCACGUGUACAGUCGUAACAACCUAAUCAUUACGACACUUCUAUUCGAUCAACUCAGCCACAUGUAGUAAAUAAGCCAUUCCAUGUUUUGUUAACCAUAUUCGACACACCGCUACCUGCUGGAAAAGACAGAUUUUGGGUCGUUAUCCCUCUCGCUUCGCCUCUUCCUCUCCGCUUGUGCGUGCCAGAGAGGAAGUCGUCAUCUUUGUGCGUGCUCGAAACAAAACCAGGUGCAAAAUAAUAGCGACGCUGACCCACCUUGCAUAGGCUGAAGAGAGAAAAGCAGUUGUUGUCGUACUAAAGAAAAUCGUAAUUCUUUAGGAAGAGGAUCAUGUCUAUUUGUUUACUGAUCAGCAAAAAUGGAAGGCAUAAACCGAUUCAUCUACCUCACCUACAGACAGUUGUCUUGGGUCGGGGUCCAGAAACUACGAUAAAAGACAAAAAAUGUUCCAGGGAGCAGGUUGAACUCAAGGCAGACUGCAACAAAGGGUAUAUCAGUGUAAAACAACUGGGUUUCAACCCCACUAGUGUGAACUCUGAGGUGGUGGGUAAAGGCAACCAAGUGGAGAUGAGAUCUGGCCAGCAGCUGCACAUGGUCAAUGAGCUGUACCCGUAUACUGUGUGCUUCAAAGAGGAUCCAUCCAACUCUCAGUCCAGUGUGGGCACCAAGAGGCCCCGUGGGCCUGCCUCAGAGGAGCGGGAGCUUCACAGAGAGCCCCCUGGGCAUAAAGUAACAAGGAAAACAGAGGACUCCACUCAGUGCAAGCAUGGAGGGUCCACCUCCACUAACACACGGCCUGAACCUCAAACAACAGAGAAAACUGAAACUUUAGGAUAUUGGAGCCAAGGAUUGAAAGCCUCAAUGCAAGACCCCAAAAUGCAGGUCUACAAGGAUGACAGAGUAGUUGUUAUCAUGGACAAGUACCCCAAGGCUCACUACCACUGGCUGGUCCUGCCCUGGGAGUCCAUCCCCAGUCUGAAGACACUGCGCAGGGAGCACUGUGAUCUGUUGAGGCACAUGAACCAGGUAGCAGACAGGAUUGUACAACAACAGUGCCCCGAUACUGGCCUGCUACACUUCCGCCAGGGCUACCACGCCAUCCCCAGUAUGAGCCAUGUCCAUCUACACGUGAUCAGCCAGGACUUUGACUCCCCUUGUUUAAAGAACAAGAAACACUGGAAUUCAUUCACAACUGACUAUUUCAUAGAAUCUCAAGAAGUCAUUCAGAUGCUGGAAAAGGAUGGGAAGGUCACCAUAAAAGAAGGGACAAAUGAGUUGUUGAAACUACCUCUCUGCUGUCACGUGUGUGGCAUGGCGCUGUCCACCAUACCACAACUUAAGGAGCACCUGAAAUCUCACCCAUAUGGUAGAUUGUGAAACGUAUACAGAAGAAAAAUGCUAAAAAAAUAAAAGUUGGGGGUUAUGCUGCUCGUGAGGCAAUUGUAGAAAAAAAACAUGUCUAUGGAACCACAUUGUCCAUUUUAUUGCUGCAGAUGCUCAUAAUAUACAUAAGUCUGUUCACAACCAAUUGUCAUUUACUUUAUUUAAUACAUCUCAAAAACCUGUUUAAAUAGUGUGCAGCAAGUAUGUUUUUUGUACAAAUAAGUCUCGAGUGCAUGUCUGAAUAUAAAGCUUGGGGAACAUUUGUUUAUAGUUUUGUUAUAGUUACAAAAAUAAAAUCUAACUUGGCCUCAAAGUGGCACAGAAAAUG